CUGGCCUUUCAACCGGGUGACUGAUGUGGUUGCUCAGCUUGCCCCAUUUGGUCACAAGCUGAGCUCAGGUCUUGCUGGCCUCUCGUCUGCAUCCUAAAUUAAUGAGUCCUGAUGAGGCCUUAAGAGAUAACAGAAAAGAGGGCUAUUUUGAGCCUCGGGAGAUCAAGUCAUGGUGGUAACAGGAUCAGAGGUAACAGAGUGUAUUUAACGUCUAGGGUAAGGGUCAUUCCUUGGCUGAAUACUUCUCUCUUUGGUUUUGCAGAAGCCCAGUCCAUAGCCACUGACCACAGCUUUACUGCAGUGCUGUGUUAAAACUGGCAUUAUCAAGUUGGGCAGUGUAAGUCUCCAAAGAAGAAAAGAAGUUGGUAAAAAAUGGCUGACCAAUUGCUGAUGUUGUGAGUGUGCUAGACUUGAUCAUGCAGAUGUCCCUCUGGCAAUGAUGAAUGACACAGAUUCACCUGCAGUUUUGACCCCUCAAAAAACAAGCUUCCCUACAGAAGAACAGCAAUGUCAUAAGUAUUAUGGGUGAAAUGAUCUCGAUCCACAGGCUCAAGUGAUUUUUUUUCAACCAGAGAUCACGAGGAUUCAACAAAAUCAACCAAAUAAUUAUUUGUCCAACUUGCAAAAAGGACACACAUUAUCUCAUCAGCUCUAGGAAGCAGUUACUCUCAUCAGCACAAUUUUACAGAGAAGGAUGCUUGGGGAUGUUCAAUAUCUUGAUUCAGAUUCUAGAUCUGAGGUGAGGGCUGAAGAGUCAAUGAAGCUCUGCGGGCUUGAAUACGUAAGGACAGUCAUCUACAUCUGUGCCAGCUCCAGGUGGAGAAGGCAUUCGGGGGGCCCCCCGCGAGUUCAGCAAGCUGAGAGAGGAGACCACUUGCAGCUGCCAAGGGAACAUGAGAUUUCUGAGGGAAGCAUAGUGCAAAACGUUCCGAAGAUGGAUUCCUUGGGGAUGGAAGGUCUUCAGGGUGGACAGCUGCCCAUGGAAGGGCUCUGGAGGUCAAAGAAGCACUCGGUGAUGUCAAGACAAGACUUACAAAUGUUGUGCUGCACUGAAGGCUGUUCCAUGUCUGAUCUGAGUGCGCUUUGUUAGGACAAGUGCAGGUUCCCAUGCGCAGCAGAACUUCAGCACGUGUUUAAUCACACUGUUUUACUUCCCAGGAAAAUACCUCCCUGUGUCACUAAACUCAUGGCUCUUGGAUAGGCAUUUCUUUCCUAAAAGUUGUGGAUGAAUGGCAAAAACCACAACGAAGUCUGUUUUCUCUCUUUGCCAAGGUGAAUGCACUGUUCUUUUCACAUUUUAACUAAUUCUUUGAAAUUUUAGA